UCGACCUCACUUUUUGGUCGAAAAAAAAAUCGACCAUAUGAGGUCGAAAUUUUCAAUUUUUUUUUUUUUUGGAUUUCGACCUCAAGUGGUCGAUAUUUAAACGGGAAUAAAAUUUCGACCGCAUGAGGUCGAAAUUUAUUUUUGUACAAAUAAUAAAUGAAAAAAAAAACAUUUUAAAAAAAUUAAAUUAUAUAAAUAAAAAAAUUAAUUAAAAAAAAUAUAUUUCGACCGCAAUUAACUCUAAUUUGAUCAAAACUGACUUAAUUAUUUCGACCGCACGCGAUCGAAAUAAUAAAGUUGAAAAAUUUAAUAUACUCCCCCAAACUUCAAUCGUGCAAUUCUCACCCCCAACUAUACCAAAACCUAAUUAUACUAUAACUCCCACACCCCUACCCCGCCGCUGACGCUCCAUCACCACCACACCCCUCCCCGCCACUGACGCUCCAUCCCCACCACUGCCUGUCCUCCAUCGCCGCCCUUGCUGUCCGCCGCCACUAAAGGAUGUUGUUCGGGUGGAUGACAGCCGGAAAGUUAGCAUGUCCUCACUGCAUGGAGAAUACUAAGUCCUUCACUUUAAAAAAUGGUUAAAAAACGGCAAAAAAAAUUCAUGGUUUGAUUGUCACCGCCGGUUCUUGCUGAUGGAUCACCCCUUUAGGAGAAUGAAAAAUGCAUUCAAGAAGAAUACAAUUGAACAAGAUUGUCCACCUCCAAUACUGUCUGGUGAGGAUAUCUGGGAGAGAGUUCAGAACCUCCCAAAGGUUACUGAAGAAGAACCGUACAUGUUUGAAGGGUAUGGGGUUUACUAUAACUGGACAAAACAGAGCAUAUUUUGGGAGUUUCCAUAUUGGAAGGAUAAUCUUCUUCGACAUAAUCUUGAUGUCAUGCACAUUGAAAAAAAUUACUUUGAUAAUUUGUUUCACACAGUGAUGGAUGCGAAGGACAAGACCAAAGAUAAUGUUAAGGCUAGAAUAGACUUUCCUGAGUAUUGUCAACGAAAAGAGUUAGAGUUGCAGCCGAAAUAAAACAGGUUCUUCAAGCCUAAGGCUAAGCUAUUCUUUCACAACCGAGUAGAAGCGUAAGAUUUGUGAGUGGUUCAGGGACUUGAAGACGCCAGAUGGGCAUGCAUCAAAUUUUAGAACACGUGUUGAUCUGGACCAAGGGAUGAAAAGUCAUGACUGUCACGUUUUCAUGGAAACCUUACUCCCAAUUGCAUUUAGUGGCUUGCCUGAACGAAUCUGGAAACCUCUGACAGAAAUUAGUUUGUUCUUCAAAGACUUGUGUUCCAGUACGUUGAGGGAAGAUAACCUUUCUCGGAUGGAUUAUAAUAUUCCUGUUAUCACAAACAAGUUGGAGAAGAUUCUUCCUCCGGGGUUCUUUGAUGUGAUGGAACAUGUUGCCGUUCACCUUGUAUACGAAGCCCGACUCGGAGGCCCAGUACAAUAUAGGUGGAUGUAUCCUUUCAAGAGAAAUGCAGGUGUUUUGGUAAGUUAAAAAGGGCUAUCAAACAGAAAUCGAAAGUGGAAGGCUCAAUGUGCGAAGUUUACCUUGCCAAGUAAACGUCCCAUUUCUGUUCUUACUACUCUGGGAACGAUGUGGCUUGUUUGAGAAACAGGCCUAAUCGACACUAUGAUAGGGGUGUGAAUAAUUCUUUGCUGAAGCCGAUAUCGAUAUUUAAUCGACUAGGUGAUGGGUCAAAAAGACGUGUGAGACCAUUGAAUCAAAUGGAGGAUAAAUCAGCAUCCACACAUAUUUUGUUAAAUUGCCCAGAAGUUCAACCUUAUUAUGAUCUCUUUGUGGAGAUACAUGGCCAAGAAAAAUUGUACGACCAAUUUGCAACGUGGUUUAACAAUUACGUUCACAAUACACCUUGUGGUUUUUAUGAACAAUUUUUGAAGGACUUAUCUUGGGGACCCAUUGGUACCGAUUGUAUGGACAAAUAUGUGAUUAAUGGUUUCAAAUUUAAUACCCGAGAAUGUGCUAACCAUAUGAAAACUAAUAACAGUGGUGUGUGGGUUAAACGUGCUGAUGGUGUUGAUUUUUUUGGUGUAAUCGAAGAGAUUUUAGAAUUAGAGUAUUCUGGUUGGCCAAGAAAAAAAUUGUUUUGUUUCGGUGCAACUGUUUUGAUCGAACCCCAAAAAGAGGUACGAGGGUAUUGAAAGAUUCUAAUAUCAUUGAAGUAAAGCACAUGCGGAGGUAUGCAGCUUAUGAUCCUUUCGUCAUUGCACAUACCGUUAAGCAGGUGUACUAUGUCCCUUAUCCAUUGCGACUAGAUAAGUCAGAUUGGUGGGUGGUUAUUAAAACCAAGCCUAUUGGUCGUGUGGAAGUUGAGAAUGAUCUGCCUACUGCCUUUCAGAAUGACGACACAGCACACAUUAACCAAAUAGUCGACCCUGAGUUAGAAACUGAACUGAAGCAUGCACUGAAAGCAACUUCAGCUAUCUGCAAUCAGCACAUUCACAAAAGCAGCUGAAAUUCCAUAUUGCAGAAGCUGUUUAUUUUUUGGGACAAGCAUAUUCAGAUGGCGGGUGGUAAUAGGGGCAAGGCUAUUACUAGAGCCCCGAAAAAGUCAAAAAAGAAGCCUCCGUUUAUACCACCAGAGGGCCUAGUUCCCCGUACCCUUAGGAUUCCUGGCAGAGAUCGAUCUCCACUCCCGUACCUCUCACCACGUGGCCGUCCAUUGCCACAUUAUGAGGACUUCAAUGGGUUGGCAUGGAGUCAGCCGACCAGUCAUGUGACAGGCCUAUUUUUUUGGCCUCAGGACCAAACAGAACCACAGAGUCGAACUCAGUCCCCUGGAACACCUCGCACUAUCUCACAUGGCCUCCUUGAUUAUUAUCAUGUAUCACAGUGAGCGAAUAUGAGCGGUACUCUGACUGCUACACCCAGCCCGACUACGUCACAGCCAUCGGCCUCAUAUAACCCAAAUGUUGUGAUGUCGGAGCCUCAAGAAAGUAGCUCUGAUUCUGACAAAGAAGCUCCCCGACCAGGAGACGUUGAGAUAGUUGAUGGGUAUGGUCGUCUCAUAAUCAAGCCAGUUGGAUACGGUUUUGAUGCAGCUUCUAUCCGUGCAAAGCAACUAAAAGGGUUUCGCAGUCAGUCAAAUCACUCUAUAGAGGCGCCAUUUCGUCUUGGGGCAAGGUGCCAGUGGAUCUGCUUUGAAGCAGAUGUUUGUAGAAUCCAGUGUUUUUGGAACCCCCAACAUGAGACACAAGUAGCGCAAAAUUUCGAGAAAAAGGCGGGGAAUAUACUUAAGCAUGCGUUAUGUAGAGCCCGUCAAAAAGUCUGGAAGCCUAAGUGGAUCACCAAAGAUAACGGGAAGAAACUGCUGCACUUCUGGGCAACUGAUCCGACGUUUUUGAAGCAAAGUGAAAAUGGGAUGAAGGCAAGGGCCUUAGAUAAGGGUGGAUUUCGACACAAUAGUGGGGCCACCAGCCAUGAGGACGUUAGGAUGAAGCUGACGCUCGAGAGGGGUCAGGAAGCACCUCAAGAUGAAGUCUUCAAGAUUACUCACGCAAGGAAGGCGAAGAACGCAGAUGGUACGGACCAACGGAUUGAGCCAAGGGCUCAGCAAACCUAUACCGAGUUUCAACAACACAAGUUGGAAUAUUGUGCCAAUCAGCUAGCCGGGACGUCGAUGACCAACGAGAUAAUUGAUCAGCAGUGGAUGGAGAAGGUAGCUCCCCCGACAAGGUAUGAGACAGUUUAUGGGAUGCCUAAUCGAGCCUGUCGUCAAUUCCCGUCGUUCCUUCAAGGCGUAGGUGCUACUUCUGAAGGGGCAGUGGAUCCUAAGGAGUACCAAGAAAUGAAGCAAAAAGUUACUCAACUGCCAAGUACACUUAGUGCCACGGAGGCAAGGAUGUUGCAUAUGCAGGCUCAAAUAGACAACUUACUCAAUUCGGGGCCCUCUCAUAUUCCCCCGUCUCCCGAGGAUGCUCGUAGGUCAAAGCCCAGUAGACGACGUAGGUCAUAGGCCAACGUAGUUCAUGCUCUUGUUGAUGAGGAUAGUGGGGAGGAUUCGGAUCAUGUCUCUAACACUCAACGUUGACUUUUUUGAUUCGUAUACUUUUGGAUUCUAAUAUUGCUAUGUUUUCUUUGAUAUGUAUAUGAUAUUUGAUUGUAGUUUUAAUUCGAAUUAGAUGCACUUUUGGAGGUGAAUUUGACUGUAGAAAGUAGUUUAUGGUUGUUUAACUUUACGAUGUUUAAGUGUUUGAAUGUAGUUUUAAGGAUAUUUAGAAGUACUUUGAAUUUGAAUGUGAAUGUGUUGUAAUGUCGCAUUGUUGAUGAAUUGGAUGUGUUGUAGAAUAAUGUUGAUUUGGUUGAAUUGGCA